AUGAUCCGCACAACAGCAUAUUGGAGGCAUUUCUUUUCGAAUUUGCGAUCACCAAAAGAAGAUCGAACAUUCAGCUUCCUAACGACCGAUGAACUCAAAACUGCCGAACAUGCGCUCAUACGAUUGCUGCAACAACAGUGCUUUACAGACGAGUGGAAGCGAUUGCAAAGUGGACAGCACGUCACCAAAGGCUCUCGUCUGAGAUGGUUUCAUCCAAUGCUCUCCUCCAACGACAACGUUAUUCGAAUCGGCUGUCGGCUAGGCCAAUCUAUGCUACACGACAACUUCAAGCAUCCCAUUCUGCUACCUGGUGCUCACCGGCUAUCAACAUUGCUUUUCGCAUCGUAUUAUCUACGACUGCUACACGAAGCUCCUCAACUGAUGGUAAACACGGUUCGCUUGAAACACUGGCUCUUGGGUGGGCGAAGUGCGGCACGGCAGGUAGUACACAAAUGUGUCACUUGUGUACGGGCUCGACCGAAGCUGGUCGAACAAUUCAUGUCCGAGCUGCCAGCAGCUCGUGUAACGGCAGCAAGGCCUUUUUCUCGAGUGGGCAUUGAUUCCUGGGGACCCAUACAGUUACAACCACGGCAUCGGCGCGACGCUCCUAUCAAAGCAUACGUAGCCGUGUUUGUUUGUUUUGCGACCAAGGCAGUUCAUCUCGAACUGGUCGCCAACCUUACUACAGCUAAGUUCUUGCAAGCCUUUCGGCGUUUCGUGGCUUGCCGAGGCCUCUGCUCCGAUGUUUAUACCGACAAUGGCAAGAACUUCGUGGGCGCAGCGAACGAACUCAAACGACUUGUACGGAGUAGGGAGCGCAAAGAUCAGGUGGCUCAAGAGUGCACGGAAAACGGCAACCGUUGGCACUUCAACCCUCCCAAGGGGUCUCAUUUCGGCGGACUUUGGGAGGCGGCAAUUAGAUCGACUUAA